AUGGUCAAUGAGACAGAUUACCGACAGUUAAAUAUCAACGCAGAUACCAUGUUAGAAAAUGAUUAUGAACCUGUUAUGGUAAACGAACAGGAAGGAAAUAACUUUGAUGGUUAUGAAAACAAUGAAACCGUGCAAGAAAUUUUUGAUACCGAUAUUAAUAUCGAGCAGUCCAACAACAUUUGGGAUGAUAUUUCAAUUCGUUACUUAAUUUACUGUUGGAGUCAAUUGAGAGAUCAGUUUGCGAAUUGCCCGGAUAAAAAUAAGAAAACCCUAUGGGAACAUGUGUCAGAACGUUUGGUUGAACAUGGUUUUUAUUUUGAUGCACAGACGUGUGACACUAAAUGGCGUAGUCUUAAGAAAAUUUACAUGUACAAUAAGACACGUAAUUCUAAAAAAGAUAAUAAACACCCAGUUAUUUGGAACCAUUAUUCUGAAAUGGACAAGGCCAUUAAAGGCAUUCCUUAUGAAAUUUCAGAUAUUGAAAACGACGACGAUGAUGAAGAUAUUGAUAACAACGGUCAAAAUGAAGAUGAGGACGACUUAACAAGAGAAAAUAGAGAUAAUGUCGGGGAAUAUGAAAAUGCUGAUUCAUCUAGAAGAUAUGUUGAUAAAUGUCCAUGGACAAUCGAAUCAACCAAGGAAUUGAUUCGUUUGUACGGUAAACACAGGAAAAAAUUUUCAGCUGCCAAUCAAGGAGAAAAACAUCUGUUAUGGCAAGAUAUUGCACAUCAGUUUUCGCAGUUAGGAUAUCAAUAUUCAGCUAAUAAUUGUAAUGAUAAAUGGCGUAAUUUAAAAAUGACAUAUAAAAAGAAUAAGCAAAGGGCUAUUAAAUACGGAACAGAAUACAUUAAAUGGUGUUAUUUUAAAGAUAUGGACAACAUUUUUAAAAACACUCCAGAGGGAUCUCCAGAACUUAAUGAUAUAAUUACAGUAUCUUUAAUUGAUGAAGAUGAGCUCGAUGACAUUAAAAAAGAAAAUGAAGCUUAUAACCACAUGAAUGUUGUUGAUGAAACCAUUGAAAAUAAUGAGGAAGAACCCAUUGAACUCCCUUCUAGUGGUAAUACAGACAUAUGGACAGAACAAGCAACCAAAUGUUUGAUUGAGUUAUGGGGUCUUUACCGCCCACGAUUCCUGUUGGCUCCACAAGGCAAAAAACGUUUACUUUGGGAUGAAAUAAGUAAUCAGUUACGCCAAAAUGGUCACAACUAUUCUGGUCUAGUAUGUGAUCGUAAAUGGCGUCUCUUAAAAGCAAACUAUGUAAAAAGAAGAGAAAAAUACAAACAAUUAGGAGUUAACAGUGUGAAGUGGCAUUACUACCAUGAUUUAGACAGGUUACUUGGUGUACCUGCUGAAAGUAUUUCCUGGAGUAUGGACUCUACUAUGUGUUUGAUAGAUUGCUUUGAUAAUCAUAAAGAAAAGUUUAUGAAUGCUGCAACUGGUGAAAAGCUCUUGAUAUGGAAAAGAAUAUCUGAAGAAAUGGCUCAGAAUGGUUUCAAUUAUACUCCCAGAGCUUGUGACAAUAAGUGGCGUACACUAAAAAAUAGGUACAACAAAAACAGAAUGAGAACAAACAGGAAUAAAAAAGUAAUUUGGGUGUACUACAAUAAAAUUGAUUCUGUACUAAGAGAACCUAAAAAUGUUGUCAAAGACGAAUCAGAUAACAGUGACGUAAACAAUCACUCAAACGAGGCUAAUGAGUUAGAUGAACACAAUUAUAUCAGGACUUCUAAACCAAGCUGUUAUAAUAAAACAAAUUGCAUUACUGAACUACAGACAAUGUUUAGGUUGAGAAAUAAGGAAUUUGAUGAAAGGUGGAAAGAAAUGGAGGAAAAUCUAAAUAGCCGAGAAAAAGUAUUCGAAGGACUUCAACAGCAGAUGUUGGAACAUCUGAAAAGGUCAAAUGAGUUAGAAACACAAAAGUUGAGACUGUUGGAACAGUUAGUUUCAAGAUUGCCACCACACAUCCCAUAG